AUGAAGCGCAGUAAGCACCGCGGCCACAAGGAGGACAGAAACGGAGAUGAGCCGGCGAUUCUGGAGACGGAGGACCUGGAUCGCAUGCAGGGCAUGUUCCUGGGCGGAGGCCCCGAUCCCGACUCCGUCUCUCUGGCCUCCGUCACCGCCGUCACCACAAAUGUAUCAAACAAGAGGUCAAAGCCAGACAUAAAGAUGGAGCCCAGUUCUGGACGACCAGUAGAUUACCAAAUCAGCGUGACGGUUAUUGAAGCCAGGCAGCUGAUCGGGCUGAACAUGGACCCAAUGGUGUGUGUGGAGAUUGGAGAAGAUAAAAAGUACACCUCGAUGAAGGAAUCGACCAACUGCCCGUACUACAACGAAUAUUUCGUGUUCGACUUCCACGUCCCUCCGGAUGUCAUGUUCGACAAAAUCCUGAAGUUGUCUGUCAUUCACUCCAAAAACCUUCUGCGCAGCGGGACGCUGGUUGGGACUUUCAAACUGGAUGUCGGGACAAUCUACUUCCAGCCCGAACAUCAGUUCUACCACAAGUGGGCUUUGUUGUCCGACCCCGAUGACAUCUCAGCGGGUUGCAAAGGCUACAUUAAGUGUGAUGUCGCGGUCGUGGCCAAAGGAGACACCAUAAAGACUCCGCACAAGGCCAACGAAUCAGACGAAGAUGACAUCGAGGGCAAUCUCUUGAUCCCAGAGGGGGUGCCCGCAGAGCGACAGUGGGCUCGUUAUUACCUGAAGAUCUACAGAGCCGAGGGACUCCCCAGAAUGAACACCAGCAUCAUGGCCAACGUCAAAAAGGCCUUCAUAGGAGAGAACAAGGACCUGGUGGAUCCUUACGUCCAAGUUCUGUUUGCCGGGCAGAAAGGGAAGACAUCCGUUCAGAAGAGCUGCUACGAGCCCAUCUGGAACGAGCAAAUAGUUUUCACCGAGAUGUUCCCGCCGCUGUGCAAGCGCAUCAAGAUCCAGAUCCGCGACUCGGAUAAAGUGAACGAUGUCGCCAUCGGAACCCACUUCCUGGACCUGCGGAAGAUUUCCAACGACGGGGACAAAGGCUUCCUGCCCACGCUGGGGCCGGCCUGGGUCAACAUGUACGGCUCCACGCGUACCUACACCCUGAUGGACGAGUACCAGGAGUUGAACGAGGGUCUCGGAGAGGGGGUGUCCUUCAGGGCCCGUCUGCUCAUCAGCCUGGGGGUGGAGAUCCUGGACCCCUCCUCGCCCGAAAUUUCCAGCGCCACAGACGUGCAGCUGGAGGGAAUACCCAACAUCUCGGAGAACGCUACCGGGAAGGUUGAGGAAUUCUUCCUCUUUGGGUCUUUCCUGGAGGCCACAAUGAUUGACAGAAAGAUCGGUGAUAAGCCCAUCAACUUCGAGGUCACCAUAGGUUACUAUGGAAACGAGAUUGACGGGGCUGCAAAGCCAAAAAUGAAGGGUAAGAAGGGAGGAGGAGGAGACGGUGACGAGGAGGAAACCGAACUGAUCCACAACUCCAGCGAUGAGGAGAUGGACGAUGACGGGGACCUGACCUCAGUGGCGACUACUCCUCCCAUGAAACCCGUCGUCACCGACCGAAACUACUUCCACCUGCCGUAUUUCGAGAGGAAGCCGUGCAUCUACAUCAAGAGUUGGUGGCAAGACCAGAGAAGGAGGCUGUACAACGCCAACAUCAUAGACAACAUAGCAGAUAAACUGGAGGACGGACUGAACGACGUGCAGGAGAUCAUCAAGACGGAGAAGACGUACCCCGAGCGCAGACUGAGAGGCGUCCUCGAGGAACUCAGCCGGGGUUGCAGCCAGUUUCUUUCGCUGGCAAACCAGGACCAGAAUCUGUCUGGCAGAACCAAACUUGACCGGGAGAGAGUGAAGCUGUGCAUGUCAGAAGUGGAGAGCAUCGGCCAGCAAGCCAAAGCCAUGAGGUCCCAGGUGAAGAAGAGCACAGUGAGAGAUAAAGUCAAGCUGGCUCAGAACUUCCUCACCAAGCUGCGCUUCCUGGCUGAAGAACCUCAACACAGCAUUCCCGAUGUCUUCCUGUGGAUGAUAAGCAAUGGGAAACGCAUCGCCUACGCACGCGUUCCCUCCAAAGACAUCCUCUACUCCCCCACGGAGGAGGAGACCGGAAAGGACUGCGGCAAAGUCAAGACGAUCUUUCUGAGGAUCCCCGGAAAGAAAGGAUUUGGGCCCGCUGGCUGGACAGUCCAGUCCAAGAUAGAGAUUUAUCUCUGGCUGGGUCUGACUAGACAGCGCAAAGACUACCUGAACGGUCUGCCCAAUGGCUUUGAGGAGAACAAGUUGUCCAAAGGACCUGGCAUGCCGUGUUCACCUCCCAUCAGCCUCACCUACAUGAUGAAGCAGAUCUUCCAGCUGAGGGUCCACAUGUACCAAGCUCGCAGCCUGUUCGCCGCCGACAGCACCGGUCUGUCCGAUCCCUUCGCGAGGGUCUUCUUCUCGACGCAGAGCCAGGUCACGGAGGUGCUGGCUGAGACUCUGUGCCCGACGUGGGACCAGCUGCUGGUCUUCGAGAACGUGGAGCUGUUCGGGGAGGCCUGCGAACUGAGAGACGACCCUCCCAUCAUCGUCAUUGAAAUCUACGAUCAAGACACAGUGGGUAAAGCUGAAUUCAUGGGCAGAACUUUUGCCAAGCCCGUGGUCAAGAUGGCGGACGAGCACUACGGACCCCCGCGGUUCCCCCCUCAACUGGAGUACUACCAGAUCUACCGCGGGAACUGCACCGCCGGAGAGAUGCUGGCGGCCUUCGAGCUGCUGCAGAUCGGCCCCAAUGGGAAAGCCGACCUGCCUCCCAUAGACGGUCCCACGGAUGUGGACCGCGGCCCGAUCCUGCCGGUCCCACUGGGGAUCCGACCAGUGCUCAGCAAAUACAGAAUCGAGGUUUUGUUCUGGGGCUUGAGGGACCUGAAGAGGGUGAAUCUGGCCCAGGUGGAUCGGCCUCGCGUGGACAUCGAAUGUGCCGGAAAGGGCGUGCAGUCGGCCCUCAUCCCCAAUUACAAGAAAAACCCCAACUUCAGCACCCUCGUCAAGUGGUUCGAAGUGGAUCUGCCCGAGAACGAGUUGCUCCACCCGCCGCUGAACAUCCGAGUGGUGGACUGCAGGGCGUUCGGCCGCUACACCCUGGUGGGCUCCAACGCCGUGCCCAGCCUGCGGAAGUUCAUCUACAGGGCGACGGACAAGCAGGCCAAUAACUUUUCCACCUCCGAGGAAAUCAUUGUCGUCAACAUGGAAGCCGAGCCCGGUUUUAAGAAGAUGGACACGGUGGUCAAACUAGACUCUGGCUCUGAUGCUGUGGUCAAAGUGGAGGACGAUGAUAAGGAUGGAAAGGGGAAAAAGAAGAAGAGGAAGAAGGGCGACGAGAUCGAAGAGGAGGAACUCGACCAGAGCAUGUUGGACUGGUGGUCCAAAUAUUUUGCCUCCAUUGAAACUUUCACAGAGGCUCUCAAGGCUCAAGAGGCCACUCUCUCAGAUUCAGAGGACAAAGAUGACAUGGACAUUACGGAUGGCGGAGAUAUCAAACCUGACGACUCUCCCGCGAAAGGCCCCAAGAGAGGGAAAGGAAAGAAGGACAGGAAGAAGCAGACGUUCGACCCGUUCGAGAAGAAGAAGGCGAAGCUGGACGAGCUGAAGGUGUACCCCAAAGAGCUGGAGAGUGAAUUCGACAGCUUCGAAGACUGGCUCCACAGCUUCAACCUGUUCAGGGGCAAAGGAGGAGACGACGACGACCAGAACGUGACGGACGACGACCGGAUCGUCGGGAAGUUCAAAGGCUCUCUGUGCAUGUACAAAGUGUCGGACGACAUGCAGAGAGACGUGAGCUUCGACUCCAGCAUGGGAAUGUUUCAGAACAUCCCUCACAACGACCCCAUCAAUAUCCUCGUCCGCAUCUACGUCAUCAGGGCCACUGAUCUGCACCCGGCCGACAUUAACGGUAAAGCUGACCCGUACAUCGCAAUCAAACUGGGUAAGACGGAGAUCAAAGACAAAGAGAACUACAUCUCAAAGCAGCUCAACCCUUUGUUCGGCAAGUCCUUUGACGUGGAGGCCACGUUCCCGAUGGACUCCACUCUCACCGUGUCCAUUUACGACUGGGACCUGGUGGGCACCGACGAUCUGAUCGGGGAAACCAAACUGGACCUCGAGAACCGCUUCUACAGCAAGCACAGACCCACGUGCGGAAUCACGAGCGGCUACGCCAUCCAUGGUUACAACGUGUGGCGGGACCCGAUGAAACCAUCACAAAUCCUGGCCCGGCUUUGUAAGGAGGGCAAGCUGGACGGGCCUCACUACGGCCCGGGAGGAAGGGUGAAGGUGGAGAACCGGGUCUUCAUGGCACCGACUGAGAUAGAGGACGACAACGGUUUAAAGAAGCAGACAGAAGAACAUCUGGCUCUCACCGUGUUGAAGCACUGGGAGGAGAUCCCACGGGUCGGCUGCAAACUGGUCCCAGAACACGUGGAGACCAGACCACUGCUGCACCCCGACAAACCAGGAAUUGAACAGGGGAGAAUUGAGAUGUGGGUGGACAUGUUCCCGAAGGACAUGACUGCACCCGGCCCCGCUCUCGAUAUUUCACCGAGGAAACCAAAGAAGUUUGAACUGAGGGUGAUCGUCUGGAACACGGACGAGGUCGUUCUGGAGGACGAUGACAUCUUCACUGGCGAGAAAUCCAGUGACAUAUUCGUGCGAGGCUGGUUGAAGGGGCAGCAGGAGGACAAGCAGGACACCGACGUCCACUACCACUCCAUCACCGGGGAGGGCAACUUCAACUGGCGCUACGUCUACCCCUUCGACUACCUCAUGGCCGAAGAGAAGAUCGUCAUCUCAAAAAAAGAGUCCAUGUUCGCCUGGGACGAGACCGAGUACAAGAUCCCAGCUCGUCUCAAUCUGCAAGUGUGGGACGCUGACCAUUUCUCUGCAGACGACUUCCUAGGCGCCAUCGAGCUGGACCUCAACCGUUUCCCCCGCGGUGCGAAGACUGCCAAGCAGUGCACCAUAGGGAUGGUGACCAAUGAAGGGGAGAUGCCCACGGUCUCCAUCUUCAAACAGAAGAGGAUCAAAGGCUGGUGGCCGUUCGUGGCCAGAAACGAAGACGACGAGUUCGAACUCACGGGCAAAGUGGAAGCAGAGCUGCACCUUCUGACCGGAGAGGAGGCGGAGAGGAGCCCAGUUGGUGAAGGACGCAACGAACCAGAACCACUGGAGAAACCCAACCGUCCAGACAUCGCCCUCCUCUGGUUCCUCAUCCCGUUCAAAGCCGCGAAGAACCUGAUUUGUGACCAGUACAGGUGGCUGACCAUCAAGAUCCUCUCUGCCCUCCUGCUGCUGGCCAUCGUGGCUCUCUUCCUCUACAACAUGCCCGGUUACAUGGUGAAGAAAAUGUUGGGCGCCUGA